AGUGUGAGAAUGCGAUGAGGGCGAUCGUUGUGGCGGGGACAUGCAGCGGGGCGGGCAAGAGCAGCAUCGCGCUCGGCCUCAUGGCGGCCUACACGCGCCGCGGCCUUCGCGUCCAUCCAUUCAAGAUUGGCCCCGAUUUCUCGGAUCCAAUGCAUCACAAGGCCGCGACGGGGCAUGAUUCUUACAAUCUGGAUAGCUGGAUGAUGAGCAGAGAGGCGAACCAAGCGUGCUUCAUUCGAUGCGCUCCAGCUACUGACGUUGCAAUCGUGGAAGGAGUCUUUGGAAUGUUUGAUGGCCGCGAUGGGAAAUCCGAGGCCGGAAGCACUGCCGAAAUGGCCAAGAUUUUGGGAGCUCCGGUCCUUCUCGUGCUUGAUACCAGAGGAUUCGCUCGAAGUGCCGCAGCUUUGAUUCGAGGAUACACCGCUUUCGAUCCAGAAGUCACCUUUGCUGGAAUUAUCUUCAACAAGCUGGAGAGCUCCGCUCACAAGGCUUGGCUUAUGGAAGCUGUGUCUGCCAUCGAUUCGAGCGUUAAAGUUCUCGGUGGCAUUCCUAUCGUAGACGGCUUGCAUUUGGCUGAGAAUCAGUUCUACCCGAGCCUGAGUGGUGAAGAAGCAGUACCGGCGAGCUACAUUCAAGUUUUUGCCGAUUUGAUUGAGCAUCACGUCGACUUGGAUGGUCUGUUAGAGGCUGCCGGUGUGUGGAAGCCAAAGGGUGGCACGAACUUUUACUUGGAAAACUUCCGUUCAGCGCCACCUUAUGCCAAAGUCCGCAUCGGAGUCGCGAGGGAUGCUGCCUUUUGCCUCUAUUACCAGGAGAAUCUCUCGUUGCUUCAAGACGCCGGAGCAGAAAUAGUUUUCUUUUCACCUUUGAAGGACUCCCUCCCGACGAGACUGGAUGCUAUUAUCUUUGGAGGCGGCUAUUUGGAGCAUCACUUGGAGAAGCUAUCUCUGAACAAGAAACUCCUCUACGCGGUGCGAGCAUUCGCUGAUGCCGGAGGAAUUAUCUAUGGAGAAGCUGGAGGCGCUAUGUACUUGUCACAAGGCAUCGAGACAGACAAGCACCAGCCGUUCACUAUGUGCGGCGUUUUUCCUUUUUGGACACGAAUGAAAUUAAGAGCGACAACAAAAGAAUAUGUCAAGGCAACAACACAAGAAAGUUGCGUAUUGUUUCCUCCUCAUAUUGGCGAAAUUCGCGGAUACAUGUUAAACUGUAGCGAGGUCUUUUGGCUGCAGGCAGAUGGUAUAAACAUCUGUCCGAGAGGGUUCGUGUUGAAGUAUGAAACCUCAGAAAAGAUGGAAGAAGUAGAAGGCUACAUGCAAGGAAAUGCAAUGGCUACGUUUGCGCGGCUUCAUUUCGGCAGCAACCCGGCUAUAGUUCACACUCUCAUAGACCGCUGCAGAAUGGAUUCGUCCAAAGCUGCUGCCGUUGCCGCUGCUUCUGCUUCUGCAGUAGCGCAUGCCGGCCCAGCAGCAGCAGCGGCCGCUGGCUCCGCUGCAGCAAGAGCUGUGACAGCGGCCCUCGGAGAAUCGAGGGAGAUGUCCCCUUCCCGUAUGGAACGCACAAAGUUUCACGGCAAGCUAUCUAGUGGUGACUGGAGUGAGCGCGGAAGAGAUCCGUUUAGGAGACAUACAAGGUCUCUCAGUACAAGUCCUGUUUACACACGCCUUACUAUCGACGAGGAGUGUCCCGACAUCGAAGUUGACAUCAAAGAGACGACUGAGGAUGGCUCUUCUGCCAGGAUUGCAAGGUCUAAAUCCGAGGUUUGGGAUGCUCGCGGACAGGAUGCUUUGUCCCCACAAGAUCUUACAGAGGUUGUCACGUCGAUGGAUGAUCAGUUCAUAAGUGAGGAGGGUCGAGCAGCUGGGCGACAGUGUUUAGUGACGACGACAAGAAGAAUGGACCCGAAUCAAGGCAUUUAUGUGCCUUUCACCGUGAAAGUGAUACCACACAAGAUCGUGUCGCUCUUUCCAGUGGCUACAGAGAUCCUUCUUAAGCUUGGGGCUGGACACCGUUUGCUUGGGGUGACCGAUGCGUGUGAUAAGCCGGCUGGAGUCAGAAUGGGACGACAUAUUGUGUGUCGCAACCAGCAGCGAUCCAGCAUUGGGAAGGAGAAUGAGUUGUCGUACAAACUCGAUCUCCCAUGGCUUUCGAAGACCAAGCCUCAUUUGAUUAUCACUCAGAAAGUGUGCUCUCUGUGCUACAUGGAUAGCAAAGACGUGACUGAAGAGAUUACCAGAGCAGGCCUCCAAGAUACGAGGCUGUUCGUUGUAAAUCCACACACGUUAUCUGAUAUCUGGGCAUUCAUCAUGGAUCUUGCGGACAUGCUGGGUUUGUACAAGGAAGCCUGCCAACUUAUAAACUCCCUCCGACUCCGCUUGAGAAGAAUCGCUGCUAGUGUCGCUGUCCAUCACCAGCCGAGACUGCUUCUCCUUCAAGGCCUCGAUCCGCUUACUCUCGGGGGCCGAUGGAUUGCGGAGAUGGAAAUCCUGUCCGGUGCCUACGACGGCUUGCAAAAACCAGGCUGUGCGUCUGAGAGGCUACACUGGCAACGUAUCACAUCCUACGCUCCCGAGUUUAUUAUUCUGGCUCCUUGUUCCACAUCCGUCGAGCAGACAUUGUCCGAGGUGCACAAGCUUGCCAGACAGCCGGGGUUUUGGUCCGUGCCGGCGGUGGAGUGUCGACAAGUCUACAUUUGCGACGGAUCAUACUUCAGCCAACCCGGUUUGAGGGUGGUGGAGGGAAUGGAGCUUCUGGCUCACAUCCUCCACCCAUCUACAGUCUCGGCUCCAUCUGCCAGUGGAGUGCUGAAGCUUUCGCUCAAGCCGGGGCAAAAAUGCCGUCCAGAGGAGCUCUACAGGCACUUUCUAGUCGAGUGAAAUGGUGGUGUAUCAGGAUCGUGAUCAGACAUUCGCUCCCAGGGGCCCAACCAAAGAUUAGUGGGUUAUGAUCAAGAAAAAGACCCAACCAAUGUGCGCAUCAUGACUGCUGCGUGCUAAAAAGAAAGAGAAGAAGAACGAACACUCCCUUGGUUGGAGAUUUGGAGAAUUCAAUGCAUCUUAAAGAAGCCCAUGAUGGUAUCAAUCGACCUCAAACCGACCCAUUACAGAAAGUGGAGGAGAUAGCAAAGCAUGACGCAAAACGCGGGUGCCAUGCGAGCCGUCCGAUCUAGGGCUUGGAACUUUGACAAAAGGUGGCAAAUAAGGAUCUUUCUUUAGUCCACUGGCGUGAUAUUUCCAAACUUCCAUGUGACUUGCCCAUGUUCGCGUGCCGAGAUUGUCAAAAAAUGGGCUCGAAAGUUUCCAAGAACCGAAAGGGAACAAAACAAACGAGCGAGCAACAAAUUUAACGAA